AUGGCUGACGAUAGCAGCACAGUGGUGGUCAACUGGGACGGCGCCACCACCCCGGCCACCGCCGGAGGGACGACGUCGGACUCUCUCGUCCAUUGCACAGGGCCGCGGCCGACGCGGCGUGUCUGGUCGCCCAGCUGCCCUCUCUUUCACGAGAGAGACUCGUUGCGCGUCAACCAACCGGCAUCUGUCGAACUGCAGACACAGCCGCCUCUCAUCAUGAGAGAGCUCACGGUGGAGGAGGCUUUGGUUCACCCGCACCCGCUGAUUGCACCGUUUCUGACUUGCGUGGGCGGGCCGCAGGGAGGACCCGCGCCCAUGGGGAUGCAUGCGGGGAUCCCUCGGAGUGGAGGGGGCGCGGGGGAGGAGUUGCGAGACUUGAAUAAGCCUGCUGGGGCUGUUGAUGCUGAUGAUGAUGCUGCUGCUGCUGUGCAAGACGCGAGCGGGGAGGUGCAGAUUCAGCGCAUGCUGGCUGGGCUGUCGCACCUCGCACGCUUCCUGCGCCUGCAGCAAGCACAGCAGCAGGAGGCAGCGGCAGAGGCAGAGGCAGAGACGGGGGCAGAGGAAGAGGCAGAGGCGGAGGCAGAGGCAAAAGCAGCGGCGGAGGCAGAGGCAGAGGCAGAGGCAGAGGGAGGGGAAACGGUGCUUUCAGACCGGGUGAUGGCGAGGCUGCAGAUGGGGAGAGGCAGCGAGGACGAAAGGCAGCAGCUCAUGGCCGUCCUUCUGGCGCUCAAGCAGGAGGACGAGAAACAGCUUCCGCAGCAAAAGCAGGAGCAGAAGAAGCAGCAGCAGAAGCAGAGCCUAUGCAAGCGGCAGAAGGGGCACGAGCAGCCAGGGGUCCCCCAGGCUCUACAAGUGCAAGAGACGCAGGAGCAGCAGGAGCAGCAGCGGCAGGAGCAGCAGCACUGGGAGGAAGGAGGGAAAGAGGAGGUUUGGCUGUCAGCUUUCUCGGCUUUUCCAGAGGCCGGAACAUCAGCGAAGCAAGUGGAGACCACCCUUGCUUCUACCUUUGCUCCUAGAUACGGCCCAGAUGGCGCUUUGCAUGUUGCUAGUCGGUUGGAGCACAUGGGAGGGCGACAUAUGGAAAGGAGCCGCAGCCGUGGUGGCAGUGACCCUGAGUUUGCUCUGCGUGGCAGUAGCACCAACCCCAGCAGUGUCAUGAGCAACGGGAUCCACAAUAGCAAUGUGAUGGUGGGAGCGCGUGGCACCAACAGUAGCCUUUUCAGCAGCACUGCCACCAACUCAGCGAGCGAUGCGGGAAGGAAGAGGAAAAGCCCAGAGCGCCCCACUGGUUGCGCUACAGCCGCAGCUCACACGCAGCAGCACGCCAGGCAGGCCUCCCAUGCGUGCUACAGCCGGAGCGUGCUUGGGCCGGGCAGUGCCUCGUUUUUUCAGGCAAACCCAGAGGGACCCCCUGCGGUAGCGGCGUCUAUCAUGCACCCUGCCAUGGUUGUUAACGUUAACCCUCAUAUCCUGCCACAUGUGAGGACCCAACAGAAUGGUGACCUGGAAGGCAUGUGCACAAAAGAACACGUCGACGUGACUUUAGUGUCGACCCAAUUGUCGCCUCAGGAUGAGCACAUGGUGAGGCAUGAGAGCGAGACCAACGGCCUCAACUGCGACGUGCACGACGAGUGCCGCACGGACGAUGCUUUGGAUGAUCCCAAGGGCCACGAGCGCAGCAACAUGCCAGACGAGUGUGGCACAGGCGACGAGUGGCUGCCUCGGUGCCAAGGCGUGAGGAUAGGUUCGGCGCCGAACAAGAGGAUUAAGAGCCGGAGCAUGGCAGAGCGGAGGAGGAGGGAGAGGAUCAGUGAGAAGCUACAGAGGCUGAGGGCGAAGGUGAGGGGGCGAGGGGACACAUGCGCGAUGCUGGGCAGAGCUGUAGGGUAUGUAGAUGCGUUGGAGAGGAGAGUGAUGGAGCUAGAGAGGGUUAUCAUGACGGCUGCCGCAUCUGGGAGGAGUUUUUUUGCUAGUAAUGCAUUUUCCGGUGUCGGUUUCGCCAGAAAUGCUUUUGCUAAUGAUGCUGCAACACCGAGUGGGAUACCAGCUGCACUGGUAUCGGUCCCGACUGGCCUUGGGAGUGACGGUGUUGCUGCCUGGCCUUGGGAGUGA